UUUGCUCCAAAGGAAUUGAAUUGUUUACUUCUGUUAUUUGAGAAUUACUAUUAAAAUUAAUUAAUAAUUUGCUAAAACGAAAGUAUAUUUUGGGCCUAAAGCCGCAAAAGCUGAAACUUAUGCGACACUAUAUACACAAUAAAAUAAACGAUCCGUCUGACUAGGAUUAAAUCGCUUAACAUAGACGCAACAUAAUAUUGCCUACGAUGACAUCGCCCUGUGGAACAUCAUAUUGUAGCUACAAAAAGUACAACAUUUAGAAAGUACAUAAAUAGCGAAGAGUAUUUUGGCAGACGAAGGAGUAAGAACGAACCAUUCAGAAAAGAAAGUACAGUACUGCUAAACAAAUACAUAAAAAAAUGGAAUCAAACGAUUUAACACAACUAUCGGAAGAGCUCAUACAGCGAUUGGGAAGUGGAGGUGACUUAGAGGGUAUGAUGGCCAAUGAGCUAUUUCAACAGGAUGAUUUGUAUAUAAAUCAAGAUGAUAGCAGUUCCAAUGUAGGUUCUGAUAAUGAAAUAAUCAUGCAUAUGGACAUAAGAGAACCACUUCGAACGUUACAGAAAUUAUUAGAGAAAAAAGUAGGCCUCAGUCUGCAGGGUUACGAGUUUUGGCUGCAAGAUGCCCAAGAGUUGGAACCCCAUAAAAACCUUGUUGACCAAUGUGUUAAAGGCGAGGGCUUGGUACAAAUAAAUGUAGAAAUCAAAUAUAUCAUAAAACGCAUAAAUAUUCUUGAUGUAUUAAAACCAACAGAAGAUGCUUUGGCUGCCUUAGCUGCUGAGGAGGCCUACAAAACAGAUGCGUCCACCGACGAUGAGGCUCCUAUACGUAGCAGUGAAUCCCAAGAUGACACUGAAGAAGAAUCGAAACCUAAAAAGGCUAAACUCACAGAAUUAACGCCCACCACUGCUUCUUCGCUCAAGGAUAAGCCAUGUCUUAAUUGGGUUCUUGACAAUAAAUUUCGCCGAGAGCAGACUCGCCUUAAAAUACCAGAUGAUCCUAAUGCUUGGACAAUGCCUCAAGUGAAAUAUUGGUUUCAGUGGGCUGUGCGAGAAUUUAAUUUGGUCGAGGGCCAUAUCAGCGAUUGGUGCAUAUCGGGUCGACAGCUGUGCUCUCUCUCCCAUGAAGAGUUUCGCAAGAAAAUACCAACAGAUCCGGGUAAUGUUUUCUGGACCCACAUACAAUUGCUUAAGGAGUGUAAAUUCGUCUCGGUGGUGCAUAAGGCAGCCGAAACAGCGUUGGCCACAAACGAAUCUAAAUCAGCUAUACCAGAGUCUCUGAGUGCAAAUGCCAUAAACAUGUCAAGGGAGCCGAAAAUUAUGCGUAAGACAUUCCAUAAUUUGAAAAAAGAAACCGCUGCACUGAGCGAAUUGAAUAUACAAUCGAAUAGUUUGGUCUCCCCCGGUCUGGGUCACACUUCAUACGGUGUGGGCACCGGUAAUAAUGGUCAAGUACAGCUGUGGCAAUUUUUACUCGAAAUACUCACGGAUCGUGACCAUGUUGACAUCAUCCAGUGGGUGGGCGACGAUGGUGAAUUCAAGCUAACCGACCCUGAAAAAGUCGCCCGUUUAUGGGGCGAAAAGAAAAAUAAACCAGCCAUGAAUUAUGAAAAACUCUCUAGGGCCUUACGUUACUACUAUGAUGGCGAUAUGAUUUCCAAGGUGUCUGGCAAGAGAUUUGCCUAUAAAUUCGAUUGUGACCUUAAAUUACUUAUUGGCUAUACAGCUGCCGAGUUGUCAGCAUUGGUCAAUGAAAAGUCCUUUGUAGAUGAAUCCGUCUACUUGGAGAAAAUGAAUUUGGAAGCUCAUGAAGAAUGACCUUGGGUUAAGGUAAAAGAGGAACCCCUAUUCACAUUACUGGAGGAACACAUUAUAGAGGAAUGUGUGGAAAUACAGCCGGACUGAAGUUCGGUGGAAGUUUUAAGGCAGAUAAUUAUUAUGUUUAAAUUCUAGUAUUUUAUUUUUCUUCAUUUUAUUUAAUUAACUCGUUAUUGUUAUUUUUUUUCAUCCUUAUAUUGAACAUACAUAUUGUUUUCAACGCUAUCAACGUUCGUUCAUCAUUUACAUUUUUUUAUUUAAGUUUUUUUCUCUACAGAGACUGGUUUUACUUUGAAAUUGUGCUGUUAAAAACAAACAAAUCGUUGUCUUUUUUCCUUUUUUUAUCAUUUUUUUUUUUGAUAUCCUACAAAUACAAAAUACAA